AAAAAUUACAAAAAUCAUCAAAUUUAAAUUAGGUGGUAGUUUAUGUGUCAUUUUUAUUAAUUUCUCAAUAUUUACCAUGUGUUUUUUAAAAAAUUACAAAAAUCAAUAAUGAAAAUAAUUUAUAGUCGUUCAUUUUGUUUUCUCAAUCUCAUCUAUUUCAUCUCCCUUUCCAUUCCCCUUUCCUUUCUCAAUUUCUUCAUAAUCCCCAUGCUCUAAUCAUUUCUCGGGCCAUAAACCUAGUAAUUUUAAUUUUGAGACAUCACUUGGGGCCUGAUCUCUUCGGCUUAAUUUCAAUUCAGUUCAUUUUAGCAAAUUAGAACAGAGCCUUAGAGUAUAAAUAACUUAACUUUGCUUCUUUCUUCCUUAAUUUGGAAUUUCUUUUUCUAAAUUUGGUGAUUUAGACUUCAAAGUGGAUGAAAAAAAAAUACUCGUACCACAAUAGUACCAAAAUCAAUUAAUUUCCAAACAUAUUUUCCUUACCCAAAAACAUGUUAAAUGUAAAAAAUCACAUAACGACAUUGUACUAAUGGCCCAUCAAUAAUGUAUGUAUUCAAAUCUUGACAACACAGAAUUACUAGUUUUUUUUUUUUUUUUUUUUUUUUUUUUUGAAGGAACACAGAAUUACUAGGUUCCUCAAACGAUAUGAUGAAUUUUCAUACCUCCUAUAAAUCAACGCCAUAAAAUGCAUUUUCCUCAUCUUUCAUACCUCAACAAACAACCUUACAUCAACCUCAAGAGAAACACAAAAAAAGUUAGAAAAAAAAUGGAGGAUUACACUCCUAAUUUGCAGUUAAUUCUGCUAGUUAUUUUAGCUAUAACUCUGAUUCCUACAUUGGCUAAAUACCAUAAUACUCGAAAAUCGAGAAAAACUAUAAACAAGCGUGGCAAGAUCAACAAGCAACUUCCUCAACCAUCAGGGGCAUUGCCCUUCAUAGGCCACUUACAUCUUCUAGGUGGCAAAAGAACCAUAGCCCGGACCCUCGGAGCCAUGGCUGACGAAUGCGGGCCGAUCUUUUCCCUCCGCCUCGGCCAACAGCGGGCAGUAGUCCUGACUUCCUGGGAGAUAGUAAAAGACUGUCUACUCAACAAUGAUGCUGUCACCGCAACACGGCCUACUAUGGCUUUGAGUAAGUACUUAGCUUACAACUACGCGUCAUUUGCUAUCUCUCCUUACGGUAAAUACUGGCGUGAUAUGAGAAAGAUAGCAACUGUUGAGCUUUUCUCAUUAAAGAGGCUUGAGAAGAUGAAGCAUGCUCGAGUUUCCGAGAUAAACUCCUGCAUCAAACAUCUGUUUAAGGAAUGCAGAGAGAUUUCAGUUUCAGACAGUAAGUAUCAGUCUGGCAGGAUCUCGCUGUGUAAGUGGAUCGAGUGCACAAGUUUUAACAUUGCUAUUCGUAUGAUAGUUGGAAAGACGUUUUCUCCUCAAUCAUACGAAGAAAGUAGCACCUUUGCUUCGCGAUUUAAGAAGCUAAUAGGCAAAGCUACGUACGUUGCUGGGGUGGCCGUGCCCUCGGAUUUCAUACCGUCUAUCGAAUGGAUGGAUGUAAUGGGGUACAUUGGCUUCAUGAAAGAUAUUCACAAGGAAAUAGACAUGAUUAUUGGACAUUGGCUUGAUGAGCACAUACAAAGAAGGAAAGAUUACCAAGGUAGCUAUGAAGAUGUUGAUUUCAUGGAUGUAAUGCUAUCGAACCUCGCCGAGGGCACUAUUAUCUCCGGCUACACUAGGGAGACUGUCAUUAAAGCAACAGCACUGAUACUACUAUUAACGGGGUCUGAAAGCACCUCCAUCACACUAAUUUGGGCCAUCUCACUACUAUUGAAUCACCCCAAGGCCCUAAAAGCAGCCCAAGAAGAAAUAGACCAACAAGUUGGAAAACAAAGAUGGGUAGAGGAAUCAGACAUCCCAAGCCUACCAUACUUGCAAGUCAUUAUCAAAGAAACACUUCGUAUGUACCCGCCAAGCCCGUUGGCUGGCCCACGAGAGGUGUUGGAAGAUUGCCACAUAGGCGGCCACCUCGUCUCAAAAGGGACCCGCGUAAUCGUCGACAUUUGGAAGGUGCACCGGGACCCAAGGGUAUGGGCCGGGCCAGAUGAGUUUCGGCCCGAAAGGUUCUUUGAUGAGCAUAUUAAUAUUGAUUUUAGGGGGCAGAGUUAUGAGUACAUCCCUUUUUCAGCAGGAAGGAGGGCCUGCCCUGGGAUGAAUUUUGGGUUGCUAGUGGUUCAACUAUCGCUGGCUCGUUUGGUCCAAGGAUUUGAUUUACGGACCGAGGGCGGCGCCCCAGUCGAUAUGUCAGAAGGCUUGGGCCUGGCUAUCCCCAAGGCAACCCCUUUGAAUGCCAUCCUUGCAACUCGUUUGCCCAAGGAGUUGUAUGAUGUCCUGUAAUAGGUGCAUUAACCAGCAUUUUACACAUAAUAUGCGGUAAAGCUUUCUAUGGCUAUACCUACCGUCAUCCAUAAGAUAUUUUCAAAUAUAUAUUGUUAGGACUUAGGUGUAAGUGUGCGUAGUGUUUGUUGUACAUUGAAAAGAAAGUAAUGGGCUUUUAGUUUAUAAUCUAAGCGAAUUAUUUCUUCUA